CGGGGGCGGGGGCCCCCCCCUCGCUCUGGGCCCGGCCCAGUCAGCCCCCAGCGUGGGGCCUGGGGUCGGAAGGGUCAGCCCUGGCCCGUGAGGAGUGCGCGCGGGGCCGGGCAGGCGGCCGGGGCUCGCGGGGACAGGGGGCGGGCGGAGCAGGCUUGCGGGCUCGGGUGGGGCCCCCGGCGCGGGGGCCGCGGGCGAGAAGCGGGGGCCGCACCUCUGCGGGUGGAGACCCUGGGCUCUUCCCGAGUGCCGGUGGCCUCUGCCCGUCAGGCUGAGCGAGCGGGGCUGCCAUAUGGCGGGGUGGACGGCGCGGCCGAACUCCGCAGGCCUGCAGCAGUCUGCGCUCUGUUUCCGUGAAGCGGCUUUACUGAGCUGUAACUUAUGUGCCACGAAGUACCGCGUAGGAGAGUCUCCGUAAAACUGUCCCAGCACAGGCAAGGCUGCCUUGGCUUCGGCAUCUCAAAAACAGCCAGGAAGUCUGCUCGGAAGUCCUUGCCACCUUUGGAGAUCAGGACAGCCUCGUUAGGAGAAUGGGUGGUUUCCAGGUGGAAGCCUACUUACUGGCUUUGGGGUUCCCUGGAGAGGAAGAUGGGCAGGCCGCCAGGCUCACUGCUUUCUUGGGCAGGCUCCCCUCUCCCUAGGUCUCUUGUCCCCGUUGCUCUCCUGCUCGCCCCCUUGCAGUGUGACUGGAAGGGAGCCUUGACCCUAGGACCACUGGGCAGUCUUGCAGGCUGGUGGUGUUCCCUACACAGCGCCCUGCAGUGGUGAUCAGGGCGGGGGCCCAAGGUUGGGCGGGGUGCAGGCUCCAGCAGGGCCAGCCAGGGGUGGUGGACAAGGAGCCAUUCAGGCCUCCAGCCCAAAUGCAAGUUGGCCUGUGGCCUCUACCCCAAUCCCAGACUUUGCCACACUUCCAUAAAGCAGGUGCUGCCAGACCCGGGGGUGUCCAUUGCCAGGGGGGCCCAGGCUUAAGAAGUGGGGGUGUUGGGAAGUUCAGGGCUUUGGCCACGUCCCGCUGUCUCCCACUUGGUCAUUUGUGUCUGCAGCCUGCUGGUCUGUCCGGUCUGGGACUUUUGGCUUCCUGAGCAAGCCCAGUGGGUUGGUUCGGAGAGGCGGGCUUUUCUGGGAACUCCGUUUGGUGCCAGUCAGCCCUGGCCACACUGAGAAGCGGGCUGGGAUCCGGGGGGCAGUUUGUGGCUUCUCAGUUUUUAGAGCAUGGAGGGGGUGGUGAUGGUGUCUCAGUCUGCUCUGCAGCCAUAACAGAACCGCAGAGACGAGGCUUAAAUAGCAGACUGUUUUCUCACAGCUCUGGAGGCUGGGAGUCUAAGAUCAAGGUGCCGGCCAACCUGGUUGCUGCUGAGGGCUUUGUCGUCCUGGCUUGCAGACGGCUUUCCUCUCCCUGUGUGCUCACAUGGCCAGCGGCCUGGUGUCUCUUCUCAUAAGAGCCCUAGUACCAUCAUGGGGCCCUACCCUCAUGACUUCGUGUAACCUUAGUCACCUCCCAGAAGUCCCACCUGCAAACACUGUCAUCAUGGGGAUUAGGGCUUCAGUACUGAACUCCGGGGGACACAAUUCAGUGCAUAGAGGUGGGACCCAGGAGAAGGUCGGCUGCCUGGGCCGGGCAGGCAGGAACCUGUGUCACUCACACUGACCUGUCCGACGUUCUCAGCUUCCAUCCUGAAAUGCACACCCGGCAGGACAAUUUCCGACACUUCGUCCAAUGCAGAACCGCUUAACCCGCUACUCUGAUUUGUGUCUCAGGGCUCACAGCGCGGGUGGGACCCUGACGGAGGCGGGGCUUUCCUGUCCUUUCAGCAGGCCCUUCGAUGGAGUCCUGGACAAGAUGGGUCCCAAAGCUGUUGGGGAUUCCCGCUGCUUUGGAAUCUGACUUCCUGGAAGUGUGCGGGUGAUUGUGCUGCUGUCCUGUGUGUGCAGGACUAUAAUUUCUAGAGCCAAAUAGUGGUGUGGCCCUUUCCAGAGAAGGAGACAGUUGGGGAAAACUCACGUUUCAGUGUCUUCUGAACCAGAUUGCUGGCCCUUUUCCUGCCCCGACAGGAGUAAGUGCACAGAGGUCUGGAGGUCACGGGCUGAAGUGAAGACUGAGUGUGGUACCUGUCUCGCAGCCAGGAGAGGGCCUAGUGUGUGCAGACAGAUGGGACGGCUGGGUGACUGCUCUGAGCACCUCGAUCCUAGAGGCGGGAGCUGAGUCCUCGCGGGCUGAAGGGUCCUGCCCGGGGCCUCGCCGCACCACGUCACUGGCCUUGGCCGGUCUGAGGUCUGGCCCAGCGUGCCAUCCCCUGCAGCCUGGUCGCUGGCAUCUGGCCACAGGUCGUCUCCAUGGACAGUCCUGCUUGGCAGCGACAGCCGGUUGGAGGGGGAUGAGGAGGCUCUUCCUGCUUCGUGCCAGGGUCACAGGCUCCCAGCAUCGGUGGCUGUGGCCCGGCCAGGUAGCAGGGCCACGUGCUGGAGCGUGGAUUCAGGAGGGGGCACGGGUAUCUCCCCUGGAGGGUGUCAGCCAGGGGUCUCCUGGUCCCCGCAGCAUGCGGUGGUGGAGGGAGCUGUUGGGACCUGUAGAUCCGGAUAGCGUGUGGCGGGAAACCAGGAGGCACGUGGACGCCCCACAGCAGCUACCUGCGGGUGCAGGGAGUGGAGGCUGAGCCCAGAGGUCUGCGGGAGGCGGGAGGCACUUUGCUGCCCUCCUGGCAGCUGGGAGAGGCUCAGGCCUCAGCUGUAAAUAUUUGAAACCGCAUAUGGGGGUGGGGGGCGGUUAAGCCAUUGAGAUGACAUCCUACGAGGGUAUUGCCAGGGGACCCCGCCCCCGCAGCGGAGGGAAACCAGGGUAUGGGAAGGUGUGUGGAGGCAACAGCCUCAGACAAGGAGGCUUCUCAGAAUCUCAGACUCUUGGUGUUGAAGGAGCCUCGGUGGUCUUCCGGCCUGACUAGGCCAGGCGCCCACCUCUGGGGAGCAGCUGCAGGAGGCGACCCGGGUGCUGCGCCACAGUGGGGGGCCGAGCCAUUGCCGACUCAAGGCUUGUCUGCCACCCCCGGCCUGUAGGAUGCAGGACCUGGAAGGGCCUCCCCAGAAAGGUGCCCCUGGCCCGCACAGAGUGGGGCCUGCCUGUCCCCUGUGGGCACAGAGGGUCGUCUGGCCGGAGGGAGGGGGAGGGAGGGAGGAUGCGCCCUGGACCUGCACCCUAGACCUGUAGCCACCACACCGUGGGGGGGAGGGCUGAGGCACCACAGUGACCUCCGUGGUGACCUCCCGCUUGCGUGUUCUUACAGGAGCCUUCCUGCCAGGGCACAGGAUGUUUUCUUAAAAAGUUUUUCUAGUACCUUGGCAGCGGUGUGCUGCUUGGGAGAACUGUUUGCUUUUUUGCAUGGAGCCUGACAAAGGGCCAUCGUCCCGGCUGCCCUGCUGGGCCGGCUCUGGGGCCUGGGGGUUGGGGGGGCGGGGUGGCAGGAGCUCCAGUGACCGCUCAGCCCCACCCCUCCAGCUCCAGGCUCCGCUUCCUGUUUGCAUUUCAGUUGGCACCUUGCAUGGUGGAGUGCUUUCCUUCUGUGAAGCAGGAAGAAGGGGCUUUGGGGAUCCUGGACAGGAGGUAUCCCUCAUCAGUGCCAGGAGCUGCCUCCCAGCCAUGGAGGGGGAGGAGGAGCGGUCACCUCAGGAGGCUGACACGGAGCCCGUUGUCCCAGUGGGGUCUUCCGAGGUGGUGCCCAGGGUGCUUUCCGGAGAACCCCAGAACCUGUCCGACGCCGACGCUCUGUCCCUGCUCCUGGAGAUGAAGCUGAGGAGGCGGCGGGAACGGCCCAGCCUGCCGCGCACCGUGACCGAGCUGGUGGCCGAGGACGGGAGCAGGGUGUACGUGGUGGGCACAGCCCACUUCAGCGAUGACAGCAAGAGGGACGUCGUGAAGACCAUCCGGGAGGUGCAGCCUGACGUGGUGGUGGUGGAGCUGUGCCAGUACCGCGUGUCCAUGCUCAAGAUGGACGAGAGCACGCUGCUCCAGGAGGCCAAGGAGAUCAGCCUGGAGAAGCUGCAGCAGGCCGUGAGGCAGAACGGGGUCAUGUCUGGACUCAUGCAGAUGCUGCUGCUGAAGGUGUCGGCCCACAUCACCGAGCAGCUGGGCAUGGCCCCCGGCGGCGAGUUCAGGGCGGCCUUCAAGGAGCCCCUGCCCCAGGCCAGCAAGGUGCCUUUCUGCAAGUUCCACCUGGGCGACCGGCCCAUCCCCGUCACCUUCAAGAGGGCCAUCGCCGCACUGUCCUUCUGGCAGAAAGUCAAGCUGGCCUGGGGCCUGUGCUUCCUGUCAGACCCCAUCAGAGGGCACCGAGGUCCCUGCCCUGGGUCAACAGCACCAGCCUCCCGCCGGCCGCCCCGUGCCCACGAGGCUGGCAGCGUGCCCUCUGCCCCCAGCAAGGACGACGUGGAACGCUGCAAGCAAAAGGACCUGCUGGAGCAGAUGAUGGCCGAGAUGGUCGGCGCGUUCCCCGACCUGCACCGCACCAUCGUCUCGGAGCGCGACGUUUACCUGACCUACAUGCUGCGGCAGGCCGCCCGGCGCCUGGAGCUGCCCCGCUCCUCUGACGCCGAGCCCAGGAAGUGUGUCCCCUCGGUGGUGGUGGGCGUCGUGGGCAUGGGCCACGUGCCGGGCAUCGAGAAGAACUGGACCACCGACCUCAACAUCCAGGAGAUCAUGACCGUCCCCCCGCCGUCCAUCUCCGGCAGAGUGUCCCGGCUGGCCGUGAAGGCCGCCUUCUUGGGCCUGCUGGGCUACGGCCUUUACUGGAUGGGGCGCCGCGCCACCAGCCUGGUCCUGUCACUGCCUGUCGCUCAGUACUGUCUGCAGAGGGCGUCCGCAGUCCGGCCGCGCAAAUAGGAAGGACCAACGCGUGGCGGCUCCCGUGUCACCGCUGAGGGGCGCUGGGGCUGGCCCCCCCCCAACGAGGAGCGGCUGGGUGCCACCCCCUGUGGGGGUCCAGGCCCGGCCACGCCUCUCCUCCCCCAACCCGCCCAAA